UGUUCGGUCAUUUUGCAUUUUUAUUUUUAUUUUUAAAAGAAUGGUGUCGUUGUUGCGGAGAAUGGAGGAGUGGGAGAACAGAAGAUAAACACACACGCACGCACACACACGCACACACACACACACACACACACACACACACACGCGCAGAGAACAGUUGUCAUCAACCAUGAAAGAGGAGGCCUGGGAUUGGUUCUCUGGUUUUGUUUCACCUGCUUAGGCCUUUAAGAUUUGGGAAUAACUGAUGCUUUGGCUGCCGCUACUGUUCAGAUUUGUUUCAGGGAAUAACUGAUGCUUUUCCUGCAUCUCUGUUUUUGGCUGAAAUGUUGCAGGGGUUUGAAUUUGGGAUGGAUUUUUCAGAGUCUACAAAAGUUGUAUAUAAUAGAAUUCAAAAAUUAGAACCUGAAAAUGUCUCUAAGAUCAUUGGUUAUCUUUUGUUGCAAGACCAUGGUGAGCGCGAAAUGAUUCGGCUGGCCUUCAGCCCUGACAAUCUGAUCCAUUCUUUGAUUAACAAAGCCAAAACCAAGCUGGGGUUGUCUUCCAAACCUGCAGCUUCUGCUCCGAUACCACUUUCUCAGGUGAACCCGGCACCUGUUUCGGAUAUUCCUUUACAAUUCACACCAUUCUCACUUCCUUCAUCUCGAUCCUUUUCUUCUCCUGCAUCCCUUCGAGCUGGGAAUCCUUAUUGGGAUCCCCAACUCACCUCUGACCAGCAAUCAGUGCAUAGUUUGGAUUUUGUCCCACCGGGUUAUCCCGACUCAGUUGGUGGAGAUUUUCGCCUUCAGAACCAAGUUCAGUUUUUAACUUUGGAAGAUCAAUUAGACACUGUCAAUUCUGUUAGUUCAGAUUUCUCGAGCAAUUAUUAUUACCCAGAACCCACAUUGGGCGUGAGAAUAAGUCGACGUUCUCCAAGUUUGCCUGAAUUUCCGGUAAAGGUGUGUCAUUAUUUCAGUAAGGGGUUUUGUAAGCAUGGAAACAACUGCAGGUACUUCCAUGGCCACCCAAUGCCAGAAAGCUUCUCUCAACUUUUCAGUUCAAGUUCAAAUGAGCUUGCGAGUGAUGAUCACAUCUUCUCACCUGGCUCUCUUGAAAAACUAGAAGCGGAGCUUACAGAGCUUUUGAAAUCUAGAAGAGGGUUCCCAGUUUCGAUUGCCUCGUUGCCAAUGCUGUACUAUGAAAAGUAUGGAAAGACCCUUCAAGCUGAGGGGUACCUUACAGAGAGCCAGAGACAUGGCAAGGCCGGUUAUAGUCUGACAAAGCUUCUUGCUCGACUGAAGAAUAGUAUUCGUCUCAUAGACAGACCUCAUGGGCAGCACUCAGUAAUUUUGGCAGAAGAUGUUCCAAAAUACAUGGAAUAUGCUUGUGAGAGAAGUGAUCCUGGUGCAAUUGUUUCUGGUUCCCGACAAAUUUAUCUGACCUUUCCAGCAGAGAGCACAUUCUCAGAGAUAGAUGUUUCCAACUACUUCAACAAAUUUGGACCGGUUCAAGAUGUUAGGAUUCCUUGCCAACAAAAACGGAUGUUUGGGUUUGUGACAUUUGUUAAUCCGGAGACAGUCAAGCAAAUUUUGGCAAAGGGGAAUCCACAUUUUGUGUGUGGGGCUCGUGUCCUGGUGAAACCAUACAGAGAAAAGUCAAGGCUUGUUGAAAGGAAGUAUGCAGAGAAGUUUCAGCAUCCUAUGUAUUAUAAUGCACAUUUUCUUGAUUCGGAUUCUGAGCUUCACUCGAUGACGAGAGUUUGUGAGAACUCAAGAUUACUCAGAAAACAGAUCAUGGAAGAGCAUGAGCAGGCACUUGAGUUUGAGAGGAGGCGACUCUUGGACUUGCACCUAGCACCUAGGUCAUUAACCCAUCAUCCGUGUUUUGGAUACUCGAUGGAUGAGUUGAAGCUCUCAGAAGAACAAGUAGAGUUGGAGUCUGCAGAGCGUUUCCAUUAUUUGCUAGAUGUUUUGAACCAUGGGUCAUCCACCAGUGAGGAUAAAAUCAGGCAUACGAGUCCUAAUUACAAUGACCAAGAAAGUAGUCAAGGACUUAAUCUUCCAGAGAGUCCAUUUGCAUCUCCAAUAGGGAGUGGCAUCUCAACAGUCACAUAGUUUCAGGAACAAACGAGAACUAUAGAGGCAGUGGAGGAGUGAAUUCCAAAUCUACUUCAUGGGUUCAAUGCCACAGUUCUCUCUCUCCUUUUUCUUCGUUUCCUUGUCUUCACUGGGGACACUGGCCAGUCAGCUUAUUGGGGGCUUCAUGACAACUAAAGGAGAAACAACAGAAGCUUCUUCUCCCUGUUCCUUGGGGUGGAGGAGAUUCCAAAGAAAAAUAUGAUACAUAAAAAAUCAUGUAUGUAACAGUUCCUUAGCCUUUUUGUUUUUUUUCCCUAACUCCAUAAAUGUAAUCAAAGAAAGCAAGUAGGGGAGGCUUUUGAGUCUUUAGAAGAGAAUGUAAUAUAGUCUCAUUAGUCUGCUUAGUUGAAGAAAGUGACUAGAAAAUAUGCAGAGAUUAGAUGAAAAUAUAGAUGCUAAUAUAUUUAGCUAUACAUAGUUGCAGUUUUGAAUUCAGUACAUAUUUUUGUACUGCAUUGCUAUGUAGUUUUGUAUUUAUAUUAUGUUUUUUGGUCAGUGUCAUACUCCAACCAGUGAUCUCACAUUUACCAGUGGAUGGUUGACAACAGCUGGUUGUAGAGAGGAAUCAUAUAAUAAAUACUACAUUAACA